AUGGACACCAGCAAUGGUUCCCCUGCAGAUUCUGCGGGACCGUCCAAAGAGGUGGAGAGCAUGGAAUGUCCAGUGUGUUUGACAGCGUUCCCCACUUUACAGGCUCUAAACACACAUUUGGACGUAGACCAUGGGUUUGGUGAUGAUACGGGAGAUUCCCAUAUGGUUGUGACCGAUCGUGGGGAGAGCAGCAAUAAAAAGAAGAUACGAAGGGCGAAGAGCCCGCCAAGUGAACGCGGUACAGCCGCGGCGCACACGAACCACAGGACGUCUACAUGGCAGAAAUACCGGGUCGGCGAGAAGUGCAACUUUUGCCAGCGCAAACUGAACCCAAAUACUACUGGUAUUGCCAACUGUCGGAAGUGUGGGAAGCUGUACUGCAAGAUGCACUGCACGAAUAUUAUAAAACUGAACAACCGGGGCAAACUUGAUCCUGUGAAGGGCCAGUGGACAAGUUGUUGCCGUUCGUGUUUCUCCAGUCGACCCGGAUACAAUGACUAUGGAGAGGUGCGCAACUUGACCGGUGAGUUCACGAGAAUACGAAGAUCAAAGAACGAGGACGCCAGGUUGAGAAAGUUACAGCUUGAAAACAGGUUAGUCCGGCUAAUCGAUGGAUUCGUGAAGUUGUACAAGCUACAUUACCUCGUUGCAAUGGCAAAUAAGGAAGGUGCUGGUCAAGCUGUGCUUUCAAGUAUUAAGUUUACUUUGGAUGCGACCAACUUCGAGAAAGACGUUACUGCGUGGCAGGAUGACCACACGGUCAACAGUUGUACCAUCUGUCACAAGCAGUUCAAUUUCUUGCAAAGGAAGCACCAUUGUCGGCUCUGUGGGAUGGUCGUUUGCAAUUCCACCACUACGAAGUGCUCGAACGGGGAGAUACCAGUCUUGAUGCUAAGGGAUAACGCCGCGGACUUGCCCUUCAAAGAGGAUGCGUCCCUGCUGAAAAGAGGCGAGGUCAAAAUGGACGUCCGGUUGUGUUCGAACUGUAUCCGUGCCGUGUACACACCGCGGAAGUUCCACCAGGACUGCGUCGCACCGCCCCCGAAGAUCAUAGACAAGUACAUAAGCAUGUGUCACAUUGCGAAAGUGAUCAACGAUACGCUGCCAUACUUCCAGGGCGCAUUGGCGAAGGCGGAGACGCAACGAGAGCAAGACGCAGAGGGCGGUACACCAGUUGGUGGUGGUAACAAUGGCAACAGACGCACGGCUGUGGCCAACUCAUUGGAAGAUAUCAAGCAGUUGGCCAAAUUGCGCGAGCGGCUCGUCAAUUCGUUCGGCACGUACAACGUCCUGACGCGGCAACUGUUACAAGUGCCACCGAGCAACCCAUCAGAGCAACGGAUCCAGCAGUCGAUCAAAGUGGUGUCCUCGCAGUUCGUCAACGAGAAAAUCCUCCCACUGCGGGCAAUGGGAUCCGUCCUGAACUCAAACUCCGCCAACACGACCUCCUCGUCGUCUGCGUCGUCAUCGCUGCAUUCCAAGUCCCCUGCUACACAGCUACCGCAGGUGAAACCACUCUCAAGCGUGCUAAAGAGACUCACGGUCAAAGAGGUGAAACAGUACCGCGAGGAACUGAUGGUCCUGAAGGAGCAAUCCUUCAUCAUAGAACAAGCAAUUGAGGACUCCAAGACACACAGAAGGUUCGACGAGGCAACUGCACUGUCCCGCAACCUCAGCGAACUGACUGACCGGUCGCAAGAACUACAGGGUCUGCUCGGAGAGGAAGGUUUCUGA